AUGCCACCAGAGCGCCUCUCCAGUGAGGCCUACUUCGCCCGUCUCCGUGCUGCCGACGACACCUGCCAGGGCCCCCCGAUGCAGGUCUACGACGACGACACGGCGGAGCGCUUGACGCUCACCGCCAUCGAGGUGGGCUACCGGAACUUCUUCGCCUCGGUGCCUCAGAUCCGGAGCGGGCGAGCGUCGGACGGGCGGUUUCCGCGGAGCGGGAACGAGGCAGUGCUCGCAGGCAACCAGAAGGGCUUCGCGCGCGCUAUCGAGAAGUCGGGCGUGCCGCGAGAUGAGUUCUUCAUCUGCGGCUCAGUGCUCAGCAACCUCGCCCAGGACUUCGAGGAUGCGUAUCUCUCUACCAAGGAGGGCUGCACCAAGAACCUGGAGGCCUUUGCAGCUGGCGGCAUCACUGAGCUGGAUAUGAUCUUGUUGGAUUACCCAGCCAAGGAUUGCGAGACGAUCCGCGGGCAGUGGAAGGCCUUUGAGGAGAUGUUGGCGGCGGGGCAAACCAAGAGCCUGGCAGUGAGCAACUUUUCGCCCGAACAACUGGAUUGCAUUUUGGCCAAUCCGGAUGCUACUCGCCCAGUCUUGAAUCAGUUGCCCUACUCCCUGAAGAACUAUGACACCAAAGUUGUGCAGGACAACGCAAAGCGCACCGUGGCGGCAGAAAAGAGCACAAGUAAGCACACCGUGGCGGCAGCCGCACCCUUUUUGAGUCACUUCACUGGGGGGGUUCAUGCGACCGGAAGCGGAUGGAAUCAUCGUGGGUACCGUGUUCAUAAACCAAUGAGAAGCAUUGAUAAGCCACAAAAGCAGAAGCUCCCUGGAGCAGAUGCUCUGAAUUGGCAGGAGAUCGGCAUCAAGUAUGGGAAGACAGCGGCUCAAGUGGCGUUGAACUUCGGCUGA